AAUAGCCAAACAACAGUUGAAUUGAGGGCAGAGGGCUGCCAAACAAAGUCAGGGAAUGGAAAAAAGAAGAAAAGUGCCCACAAAGACAGCUCCAAGGAGGGGCAUAAAGCACAAAAGGAAGCAGUUGAAUGCACUGAAACCGCACAGGGGCACUCAGAACAACUCAGAGAGGUAGCAGAAGUGCCAGCCCAAGUACAGAGACAAAGCACACGAGUGGGAAAAGAACCCUCACCAUGGUGGGAUGUGAACACCAGCAAUGAUGACCCCUCAUCAGAGAACGGUAGAAGAGAAACAUAUGCAGACCUGGAUGAGAUUCAAACAGCUGACAACCAUCACACACAAGGAGAAAGUGAAACAGGGAGGGCAUCAAACAACGAUAGAAAAGAAAGCAAUGAUGAUACAAAGGUAACAUCACCAAUGGUCUCUAUUUUAGAAUCUGAUAUGAGCUUUGUAGACCAUCUUCUUGUGGUGCAAGAAUUGGCCCCAGAGGUUGCACGAAAUCUGAGGACAAUGCUCCACGAGUUUCAAAAAAUCAAGGGGAUUGCCAUGCAAGUUUUAGAGGAAAAUGCAUACCUCAAAGGGAGGAUUGUUGAGGUAGAAAAGUUAAAGCACACAAACCGACCCACUUAUGCAGAAGUGGGCAGGGAAGCAAACAGUACACCCCAAGACAAACAAAGCAAACAAAACGAACUUCAAAGAGUCACCUUGCUUGUAAGGUCACCUGAUGAAGAAGAGGGCUCCACAAGUAAAAUUAAAAAUACGUUACGCAGAAAGUUUGAGCCAGUCGAGAUGGGAUUCAGGGACAUAGCUGUAAAACAAAUCAGAGGCGGAAUAGCGGUGUCGACAUCAUCAACUCAGGCACUCAAACAACUCCAAGAAAAGAUAAAAGAAGAUCAAGACACAAGGCAAUACACAACGAAAUUUGUUGAGGGGCCACAACCGGAAAUCAAACUGCUCUCAGUAGAUAAAGAAAUCGAUUCAGCGGACAUUCCGCGCAUACUCCUAGAGCAGAACAACCUUGACGGUUCGCCAGAAGAGAUAAAAGUAACAUGGAGAAAGGAACAAAAGUUCGGUUCCAAUGUCACAAUCCAGCUCUCCAACAGGGAGUUAGCAUGUGAAAUAACACGGAGGGGUAAUGUGUACCUCGGGUGGACAAGGUGCCGAGUGCUCGAAAGUGUCUACCUGCCAAAAUGCACCUACUGUGCACGACUUGGCCACAAAGAGACAACCUGCAGUUCUAAAACCCCAAGAUGCACGGAGUGUGCUGGAGAUCAUUACUAUAAAGAAUGUCAGGCUGAUAAUGAACACAAAAAAUGUUCACUCUGCAAAGAUGCAGGUGUAAAAGGAAAAAGGCACUCAAUGUGGGAUGGGCCUUGCCCAACUUACGAUCAGCGAUAUCAACAAAAAAGGAGAGAAAUGGGGUUCCUCACUCAAGAGGAAUCAGUUGAAGCUUAAAAGCACA